CUACAGUCUUUGGUUUAAUUGGUGGCAUGGUGACAAUUUUAAAACUUGUUAUACCAUUACUAGUUAAACUUGUAUUUAGAAAUAAAAGAUUACGUAUUGCAACUACGGAUGAUUUUCGAUGGACCGGCCCAAACACAUUUCGAGCACUAAGUGGAUUUUGUGAAUUAAUAAAUAAAACUAUUUCUGAAAAUUUGAUUCGAUUUUAUUCAACACAGUAUGUUAGUGCCACGAUUACAUCAACACAAUUAUUUCAAUCAACAGCUCAAUACUUUUUUGAACAAUUUAUUUCUUCGACAACGCAAGAUCUAUUAUUAUCAUUACAAGUUAUACGAGAUACAGUUCAAGCUGACAGUUUAUGGAGUGUAGCAGGUAUACAAUACCGUUUACAGAAAUACAAUAACUCUAGAAAUCUAUCAUUAAAUGUUCGCAGUCUUUCCGGUUGUAGUUGUGAUGAUUCAGCAAAAUGCAUCCGUCAAUCAUCUAUUUAUAGAUAUUCUGAUCAAACUAGAUUGUUUUCAGUACAAGGUCAAUAUGUAGGAUGUUUUGUAACAGAAGCAUUAUUACAGUCAUCUCUUCAAUGCUUUUACAAUCAAACAUGUAUCAAUGAAUUACGAACGUAUUUAACAUAUAAUUCCUCACUAAUUGUAACAGCACUUAAUGCAUCUUUACUAAAUCGCUUUUUUGAAAAUUCAACUAUACAAGAACUUGUUGAUAAAUUAAUGAUUGAACAAUGGAAUUUAUCUACAACCUGGUGGUUUGGUAACAGUACUGAAGUUUAUUGUGCCACGACUAGUUAA